GAAAAGCAGAAGCCUUCAGAACUGGACUCUUUUGCAGGGACACGCCAAAAAAAAAAAAAAAAAAAAGCUGCUGGUUUCUUUCUCUCUCUCUUUUAUUGUGCAGAACUGCUUGGAUUUGGAGGGCUGGGCUUUGUGGGUGCCAGUCCUCGAAGACUCGCUGCUGGGCAGACUGCACUCCCUGGCUCCGAAACUGGAUUUACCAAGUGGCUUGAAAGCUGGGCUCCUGUCUCGGGGACUUUUCUCUUUCUCCCGUGGAUUAUAUUUCCCCAUAAGAAAAGCAAGGAAGGUCAGAGAAGGCAUGAAGACACCCUUGCUGGCCUAACCUGGCAGGAGGAGCCAGGAUCCCUGGGGGCAUGAUGGUCCCCAUAAUCCUUUGCUCUCUGCUCUUGGCAUCUUUUGGGACUGCGGAGCUGGAGGGGCAUUUCGACCUUGCCAAGUGCCGCUAUGCGCUGGGUAUGCAGGACCGCACGAUCCCCGACAAGGACCUGUCAGCCUCCAGCUCCUGGUCAGACUCCACUGCCGCCAAGCAUAGCCGGUUGGAUACAAGUGAUGGGGAUGGAGCCUGGUGCCCAGCGGGACCAGUCUACCCCAACGAUGCUGAGUUCCUGGAAGUUGACCUCCGGCGUCUGCACUUCCUGACGUUAGUGGGCACCCAGGGCCGCCACGCCGGUGGGCACGGCAAGGAGUUUGCCCGGGCCUACCGUCUCCAUUACAGUCGCGACCGGCGCCGUUGGCUGGCCUGGCGUGACCGCUGGGGCAAUGAGGUGAUCUCUGGGAACGUUAACACAAAUGAGGUGGUGCUGAAGGAUCUUGGGCCACCCAUCAUUGCCCGCUACAUCCGCUUCUAUCCCCGUGCAGACCGUGUUAUGAGCGUCUGCCUGCGUGUGGAACUGUAUGGCUGCCUCUGGCGGGAUGGACUGCAGUCCUACACCGCCCCCAUGGGACAAGUUAUGCCUCUCCAGCCAGAACCUGUUUACCUCAAUGACUCCACCUAUGAUGGCCACAGCAUCAGCAAGCUUCAGUUUGGGGGCCUUGGGCAACUUGUAGAUGGUGUGGUGGGACUGGAUGAUUUCACUCGGACCAAGGAGCUGCGGGUCUGGCCAGGCUAUGACUACAUCGGGUGGAAGAACGAGUCCUUCUCUAUGGGCUAUGUGGAGAUGGAGUUUGAGUUUGACUGUCUCCGGACCUUCACCUACAUGAAGGUCCACUGCAAUAACAUGCACACGUGGGGUGUGAGCAUUUUCCGUCAGGUGGACUGUAGGUUCAAGCAGAACCUUGAAACUGCCUGGGAUCCUGAGCUGGUGACUCACCAGCUGGCAGUGAAUGUCAAGGACCCCAGUGCCCGCUCUGUCACCGUGCCCUUGGAGGGACACCUGGGGCGCUUCCUGCAGUGCCAUUUCUAUUUCUCCAAUGAGUGGAUGCUCUUCAGUGAAAUUGCUUUCCUCUCAGAAGUGGUAGAGGAUCCAUCUCUCACUGGAACAAGCCGCUGGCCCCCAGUGGUCCCUCCUCAACCCUCAGGUAGGGGGGCUGCAGCCCCCUCUGUCCAGGAAGACCUGGGCUCCACAUUGCAUGGGGAACCAAGACCCACCUCCAACCUCACCCGCCAGGACCUGGAGGUCCAAGGGAACCCCAAAACUAGCCAGCCAGUUGCAAAGGAUGACAACAGCAACACCUCCAUCCUGAUUGGCUGUUUGGUGGCCAUCAUUCUGCUCCUACUGGUCGUCAUCUUCCUCAUCCUCUGGAGGCAAUACUGGAAAAAAAUCCUGGGAAAAGCUCAGCGACGAAUCUCUGAUGAUGACCUGACCGUUCAUCUUUCUGUGCCUGGUGACACCAUUGUCAUCAACAACACAAUGGGCUCCCAGCGCCAUUCCAGCCGCUAUGAACGCAUCCAGUCUGGGGAGACUGAGUACCAGGAGCCCAACCGUGCCCGCAUGAAGCUGCCUGACCUGCCCCAUGGCACUGAGAACUCUGCUCUGCUGCUCAACAACCCGGCCUAUCGGCUCUUCCUGGCCACAUACGCCCAGCCGAUGGGAGGGCUCGCUCGCCCGCUGUCCGAGGCGGCUAAGCCAAUCAACACUGAUGCCUGCAGCAGCGACUACAUGGAACCAGACUCCUCGGGAGCCCUGGCCCCAGUGCCAAACAACGUCCCGCACUACGCCGAAGCUGACAUCAUCAACCUGCAAGGGGUGACAGGAGGGAACACCUAUGCCAUGCCAGCUGUGGCUGUGGACGCACUGGCAGCCAAGGAUGUGGCCCUGGCUGAGUUCCCCCGCGGCCGCCUCCGCUUCAAGGAGAAACUUGGGGAGGGGCAGUUUGGGGAGGUCCACUUGUGCGAGGUGGAGAGUCCCCAGGACCUGCUCAACUUGGAGUUCCCCUUCAAUGUGCGCAAGGGACGCCCUCUGCUGGUUGCUGUGAAAAUCCUGCGUUCUGAUGCCACCAAGAAUGCCAGGAAUGAUUUCCUAAAAGAGGUGAAGAUCAUGUCACGGCUGAAGGACCCCAACAUCGUGCGGCUGCUGGGCGUGUGUGUGCGGGACGACCCCCUCUGCAUGAUCACUGAGUACAUGGAGAACGGUGACCUCAACCAGUUCCUCAGCGCCCACGAGCUGGAGGCCAAGACAGGGAGCAGUGCCAGCGAUGCCCCCACUAUCAGCUACCCAACACUGAUCCAUGUGGCAGCCCAGAUUGCCUCAGGCAUGAAGUUUCUGGCCUCCCUCAACUUUGUGCAUCGGGACCUGGCCACACGCAACUGCCUGGUGGGUGAGGGCUUCACCAUCAAGAUUGCCGACUUUGGCAUGAGCCGCAACCUCUACUCGGGCGACUACUACCGCAUCCAGGGCCGUGCUGUCCUGCCUAUCCGCUGGAUGGCCUGGGAGUGCAUCCUCAUGGGGAAGUUCACAACAGCCUCAGACGUCUGGGCCUUUGGGGUGACGCUGUGGGAGGUGCUCAUGCUGUGCCAGGAGCAGCCCUACAGCCAACUCACCGAUGAGCAGGUCAUCGAGAAUGCCGGGCAGUUCUUCAGAGACCAGGGCGAGCAGGUCUACCUGUCACGGCCCCCAGCCUGCCCCUUGGCCCUCUAUGAAGUGAUGCUGAGAUGCUGGGCUCGGGAUGCCAAGGACCGUCCCCUCUUCCAGCAUCUCCACCGCUUCCUGAAUGAAGACGCUCUCAAUAUGGUGUGAGCUGGGCUAUGCCAGGGUGGGGGGAGGGAUUUGGGGUGGCUCUCCUGGGCAUAGGCCUCCUGGUGUCUAUCCGGCCACAGCUACAGGGGUGGGUGGGUGGAUGGAGGGUGGCCAGACCAUGCCCAGCUCUGGGAACUGGACAUAUUGGUGCUGGAGGGGUUAGGGAUAUGGGAUCUCCCUGAUGCCCUGGCUCUACCACCCCAUUCCUUGUCCCACUCCUCCUCUGCCUACCUCCUCUGCAUCUCUCUGUCUUCCUUAUACCCAUCCAUUUGUCUGUCUUCCUGACAUACAGAGGUCUAUAUUUCCUAUCUCUUUCCUAAUAGCAUUUUAGAGAAGCUGGACUAGAAGGGACCUCCCAGGGUCAUCUAGUCCAACCCCCAAUACCCAUCUAUCUUCCUAUCUUCUCAUGUACAGCUGUCUGUCUGUCUUUAUCUGUCUCAUACCCCUCUAUGUAUCUGUCUUCCUCACGCACAGGUUUCCAUCUAUCUGUCUUCCUCACACUUCUCUACGUCUGUCUUCCUCAUAGACAGACAGGUGGACAGCUGUGUAUAUCUUCCUCACACCAAUCUAUGUAUCAGUCUUCCUCAUGUACAACUGUCGGUCUGUCCUAUCUUUUUCCUCAUCAAAUCAUAGAAAAGUAGAGCUGGAAGGGACCUCCAAAGGCCAUCUAGUCCAACCCCAUCUACCUCUCUGUCUUCCUCAUAUACAGCCAUCUAUCUGUGUCUCUAUCUGCCUCACACCCCUUUAUGUAUCUCUCUUAUAUAGCCAGAUGGACAGAUGUGUAUGAGGAAGACAGUACGUGGAUAGGUGUGGGGAAGAUAGGCAGACAGCUAUGUAUCUGCCUCACACACUUCUACAUAUUUAUCUUCCUCAUACACAGCUAUUUGUCCAUCUGUCUGUCUUCCUCACACUUCCUACUUCCUACAUAUGUCUUCCUCAUAGACAGACAGACAGCUUUGUAUCUUCCUCAGACCCCUCUAUGUAUCUGUCUUCCUCAGACACUGCAUGUCUGUCCUAGCUAUAUCUUUUCUCAUAGAAUCAUAGCAAAGUAGGGUGAAGGGACCUUCAGAGGUCAUUUAGUCCCCCUCCAAUACCCAUCUACCCGUGCCUUCCUUGUCUUUCUAUUUAACUGUCUUUCUAUUUAUCUUCUACACCCAUCUGUCUGUCUUCCUCAUUUACAGCUGUCUGUCCAUCUUCCUUACUCCCAUCCACAUGUCUGUCUCCCUCAUAUACAGCUGUCUCUCUAUCUGUCUAUCUUCCUUAUACUCAUAGCUGUCUGUCUGUCUAUAUAUAUUCCCUCAUACUUUGUCUAUCUCGCUAUCUACCUCCCUACUGCCCAUAUACUCUACCCCAUCUAUCUAUCUAUCUAUCUAUCUAUCUUCUGACCAUACACUCCACCACCUCAUGCACACUCGUCCCUCUUUUGCUUUUUGUCUCCAUCUCUCCUCAGCUCUUCCAUUCCCCAUCUGUCUUGUGUCUUGUUCUCCACCCACUUCCCCAUCUCCUAUCAUCCCACUUUCACCCAUUCCCUUUCUUUUGCCCUUCCCUGCUCAAGGGUGUUUCCUUUCCUUCCUCUACUCCCAGAGGGGCUGACCUCCACCACCCCGCUGCUUCACUCCCCAACCUCAAAGAACUGUGAUGGUUUGGAGGGGUGGGGGUCAGGUCCUUGCCUCAUGUGAUGUUCCCUCAGACUGGGCUAACACUGGGUAUUUGCGGUGCUGCGAGGCAUCGCCAAACACUGGAUAUAUGGGAGACACUACUGACUGCAACGCUGGAGGCUGGGAGCCACGACUCAGCUUCAGUGGCCCCAUGGGGCUGAUCCAGAGACCUCCAACUCACCUGAUACCAGUGCUGGCUCUCAUGGUACUUUGAAGACUCCAGCAGAGAAAUCCAGCCCAUCCCCUUUGUCAUCAAACUCCCUCUUCCCCCAUGAGACAGGGCUAUAGAUCCUGUGUGGUUGCUGUUGGGAAGGAGAGGAGAUUUUUCACUGGUGUACCAAUGCAAACACAUUUUUGGAGUACCGUAUAUACUUGUAUACCACACACUCCUCCCCACUUUCAAAUGAGACUUUCAAAAUGGGGGUGCAUAUCUUAAGUGGGGAAGUUGAUCCUUCUGCCCAGAAUAGCAGCUGUGGCAUUUCUAUUCAAGCAGUGUUGAGGGAGCUGAUUGACUUGAUAGCUCACUGGAAUCUAUUAAUUGCUCUUCACCCCAUGGAUGUUAACAACUCUCUUUCCUUUUUAAUGGUCUUGAUGUUCCACUAACCCAGAAUGCUGAAGAAUUUGCAAUGUAGCUCGUACAGUCUCUCUUCCCCUAUUUCACAGCCCUGUUUUUAAGCUUUUUUGCAACAUUUUAAAUCCGCUCAUGGAGUGCAAUGUUCAGCAACAACUAGAGUUUCAGCUUUUGGUUGAGCUGCUGACAGUUCAGCGUUGAAAGGAUUAAGACCAGAACUUUGGCCUGAACAGAAAAAGGAGGGCAAAUGAGCAGAAGUUAAUGCUCUAUCCCUGCUGUAUGUGGCCAUAACUCUGGAAAAAAAUCUUGUAUUUUUCAUUCUGCCUUCCCAAAAAGAGGUGUCUAUCUUACUGGGGAUGUGUGGUAUGUGAGAAGAUACGGUAUAUCAGGGACACCCCGUAAAGAGAUUUUUGCUAAUCAGGGGCCUUAACACCAUAAGAUCAUGCAUUGCUUUUGAAACUCUCAAGCUGGAGCUUCUUAAAGGAGGCCUAGGGGAAUGCAGCACUCAUUCAAAUAGCUUGAGCUUUUGGUGCUUAAUUCCCGUGGGUUCCCUUGAAAAAAACACCCCACUGUCUUCUCGUUUUGUUUCCAGGGAGUAAAUAUUAGUGGCUGUGACAUAGGUUCAGUGGCUUGGACGUGUCUGUGUUUUGUCUCCUUGUUUAAAUUCCCUCCCUCUUCACACACAACACUGUCGAAAUUUUUCUCCAUUUUUCCCCCUCCCUUGCUGAUCUCAGUAGCUUUUGUAUUAUUAAUAUUAUUAUUGUUGUUAUUGUUAUUAUUAUUUGGAAAUGGGAUCUGUACAUAUUUGGAGAGUAGAGAUAAAAAGACAAAUUUUUUAAACUAAUAUAUAGAUUUUUGUUGAUUUUUUUUCUUUUUUAGCUGUUUCCUUUAACGUGGUGAAUAAAAGCGUUGCAUUUUCUA